UGGAUAUAAGGCUGAUGGAAGUUUUUUAAAAGUACUUGGAUACUUUGUCGCAUACACUUCUGAAAUGGGAAAUCCUCCCUUAGUUUUUGUACUUUCUGAGAAAGAUUGCUCGAUGCUUCUUUUCCCUUUUAUAAACGGUGGGGGUGACCUGGUCGAAUGUGUGCUACUACCAGAGAUACCGAUUUGGGCUAAUAAAACGGAGGAAGGAGCCCUCCUAAAUAGGCAUCUUUUGGUGGUGAUGCUGCUGCUUUGUGGUGGCCGUGGCGAGGGUGAUGCAAUCAAUUAUUUGCAAUAUAAGUAUGAGUAUCCUUGAGAUGGCACAAAGAAAUCAGUCAUUAAGGAAAAGAUACAGACUGUACGGGAGAAUAUGACUGAAUUACUAAAGAAGGCGAAAAGGAAGUUACAGGAAGAGAGAGAGGAGGCGAAAAGGGAGGCGGAAAGGAAGCUAGAGGAGAAGGAUAGGGAGAUUACCAGA